AUGGCCGACAUGGAAUUAGCGAUUCUACAUGAAGUACCGUGCCAAAACACUCAAUUGAAUAUGCUUUACAGUCCUACAUUGUUACAUUAUAACCCGGAUGAAUAUGCGAUAACUAAAAUCGAACAUGGGGAUUCUCCAUUACUAGUGUUGGAAUUGAUGGAAACUGAUCUGUCAAAAUAUUUGAGAGAUUGUCGUAAUUUGCAACCGUCAGAUUUGCAUGCCUUGCGUUCGCAGGAUUUACUAGCCAUGUGCGAAGAUGUUGCGCGAGGCUGUUGCUACUUGGAAGAGUUGCGCUUCAUACAUAGAGAUCUAGCGUGUCGCAAUUGUUUAGUAUCUUCGAGAAAUCGCGAGAAUCGUGUCAUUAAAAUUGGAGAUUUUGGACUAGCUAGAGAUAUCUACAAGGAUGAUUAUUAUCGCGGGUUGAUGCUACGUUGCUGGAGUACAGCGGAUGCUAGGCCAAAUUUCAAAUUUUGUUUGAAAAAUAUUAUAGCAUUAAGAAAGAACAUAGAAGAUGCCUUACUGAGUCCAGUCGAUACUAUUUAG